UUUGCAGGUUAUAUCCUUAAAGAUUGAGUUGUCAGUUGUGCAGUGAAAAGGUUGAUAUGAGUGGGGAAGAGGAGUUCCAUGUGAAGUGGUCUGAGUUCAAUGACAAUCUAUUGGCAUGUCUGAGAUGUUUGUGGGAGGAGGAGCAGUUUAUUGAUGUCACUCUUGCUUGUGAUGGUGUUCAGUUCAAGGCUCACAAGCUUCUGCUUUCAGCCAGCAGUGACUUCUUUGCCAAGCUGUUGAGAGAGAAUCCAUGUCGUCAUCCUAUCAUUUUGUUCAGUGAUGUCUUCUACAAGGACCUAGAGAGCAUAUUACAUUUCCUGUACCAUGGAGAAGUCUUCAUUGAAUCAUCUCGCUUGUCCCAUUUCUUCACUUUGGCAGAGGCAAUGCAAAUCAAAGGACUCACAACUGAUAGUGAA